UAUUAAAAAACCUCGAAAAAUCAGCAAACCGGCGCGUCUUCCUACCUCGAUCUCUAGAUUCUUAAGGUGGAAUUAGGGUUGGGGUAUUUUAUGUCCACGUCCCAAAGACCUAUCCAUCUCACUCCAAACCCUUCUUUUUCUUCCUAUUUUCUUGCAGAAAUCCUUUUUCCAGUGGGAAACACCUCCUCCAUCCUCACCUAGUACGACAUCGGAGAUGGCCAGGAGCACUGCAACCACGCCUUAAGCUCCUCCUAAUCCCCUCUUUGUUUCGCAGCAAGAGAUUGUCUCCCUUACCACAUGCUCUGCUAUCUUGAUCGCAUCAGUGGAGGAUUUAUCCUUGCAUUCAAACCUCUCUCUCAGGGCACCAUUGCUCCAGCAACUGGAACUAGCUCUCCUCCAACUCAGUCUCUCCAGCUCUGGGAAAGGUUUAGCAUUAUAUCCUGUGGAUUAGGCCAAUCCUUGCAAGAUAAUUCUGUGGCGAUGCAUAUCUUGUGAGCAGCCCUGGCAUAAAAUUCCAGGGAGAGCAGAGCAGGUCUUGAGAGAUGCAGCCACCGGGGGAUGAGCACGAAUAUUUGGUCUCGUAACGUGAGAUGCAUGCAUGCGCGUGGCACGAACACCAGCACGCCUAAGUGAUACCAAAACGAGGCGGACUCACGUGCCGGUUCCUCAUCAUUACCCUCAGCUCCUCGACGGCAAUGAUUCCUCCCCAGUCCAGGAACCGCGUGCCGCUGGAUCCAGCACGUGCGACGUCCGUCCUUCCGUUCAACUUUCGGGCCAUUUCCGCCAGCCAUUUUCCUAGCCGUUGGCACCGGGCAGCGAUCCUUUAAAAAAUAAAUAAAUGGCGUCGAGGAGCCACAGAAAACAAGAAGUGAGGUGGGGGUAUAAAUUAUAAGCGAGCGAGCGAGAAGAAAGCGCAAAAAGAGGAGAUUGGGGACAUAAAUGUAGGGGAAGGCUCCGGGCUUGGAUUCCAACCGGACGUUGGAUUCCUUUCAACCCCGUUCCUGUUACCCUCCCUCCUUUAGCGACUCUAUUUAUUGGCUUGGUUCUUGUUCUUUUCUCUAUCUCAUCUGUUAAAAAGGAAAGAAACGAGGCCAUAAACAAGCUCAUGUUAUAUACAUGGGGAAGCAUUCUAAUUCAGUGAAGGGGGUGACUUCUCAUUACUUUCUUGGACGCAGAUGCUUCGCCUUCUUGUUUCUUGGUUUUUCUCUAGUUUCAGGGUUUCUUAUCUUUUGUUUCUUUUUUUUUUGUGAAAAAUGGGUAAUUCAGGUGGUUGGUUUGAUGGGUGUUCUUGGGCGUUGUGGGAACGCAAAAGAGGAAGGAGGGGCUUAUGGGCCUGACAAUCUUGUGAUUUGGGGGCACUGUCUAGGGUUCAAUUUAUAACAUCUUGAAGCCGUUGAUCAGGUUGAAGGACAUUAUUGCUUUUGUUUGUGGGAUGGUAGGUGAAUCCAAGCGAAUGCUGGUCAUGGCUGAUCAUGAGGUUGCUGUUUUAAAAGAAGCCCUUUGCAAUCAGUACAUUAUAAUGAAAAAGCUUUACAUGGAGCUAGAGGAGGAGAGAGAAGCUUCAGCAACUGCAGCAAGUGAAGCUCUAUCCAUGAUAUUGAGACUUCAGAGAGAAAAGGCUGCAGAGAAGAUGGAAGCAUGCCAAUACAAGAGAAUGGCAGAGGAAAAGAUGCAUCAUGCUGAGGAGUGUUUGGCGAUUCUGGAGGAAAUAAUGCAGCAGAAAGAAAUGGAGAUUUCAAUCCUCAAGUACCAACUGCAGGCAUAUAAGCACAAAUUGUUGAUUGGUCUCAAUAAUCUCGAUUAUGGAGAAAUAGGAACUUCUGAAAGUCUAUUUUCAUGCGGAAUUAAUCACUCCUUGGACAAUACUAGCUUCCGUGGUUUUUUUCGAAGGAAUAUCUCUUUGCCUUCUUUACGAUUGGAUAGACUGUGUUCCGAGGUGGACACCAUUAAUGGAUACAGUCCAUCUUUUCCUUCUGGGCAAUCAAUCUGGAAGAAGAUUGGCGAAUACACUAGCCAGCUAUCUGAAAGAUGUAAAGAAAGUGAAAGGCCAGACUUGUGUGAGGUUUCUGUAGAUGAAGGUCACAAUUCUGAAGAAGUAAAUGUGAAGGCUAAAGCUGAGUCAAACUUGAGAAGCAAUGAACAUCAAAGAAUCACAAGUGCUGGUCUUGCUAAUUCAGGAGAUGUGUCUACAUCUUGUUCAUGGUGUUCAAUAGUAAGUGGUGACACAUCAUAUCAUUCAACUAUAGGAGGCAUAGAGUCAAAUUUAGAUGGUGAAUGUGCUUUGUCUUCAGUUUCUCAAUCUGAAGACCUACAGAAGUUACCAGAGUGUGAUGAUCUUGGGAAUUCAGGUCUUCAAAUUGAAUCAAAUCAAAACACAGUCCAUUCUGCCUACAUCCACGACAUAUUUGAAAUCCCAGAAAGUUGUAAGGGUUGCAAUUCUAGUGGACCUCUCAAGCAAGUGUUGAAAGAAUUUACCCUGGAGAUGAAGGACACGAUCGGAAUGCCUCACUUAAUGCCACAAGAAGCAGCAGACUACCUUUUCCAAGAUGAUGAUUGGUUAAGCAGGGCAUUCAUGUAUAUGAACCAUGGAAACAGGUUAUCCACACCAACGAAAGGUGCUCCAGGAUACCUUACAGACAUGCCAUCUAUGCCAAUAAAAGGGGCUUCGUUGAACUACCACAGGACACUUGUGGAUCCUCAAAUUGGUACAUCUACACUUGAGUCUGAUUUUGAACAUAUCAAAGAACGGGUACAGCAUCUUGAUUAUCAUAACAUUAUGAAGCUGGAUGAUUCUGAGAAGGGCAAGGAACAGUUGAAUUUAUUGAAAGAGAUCUAUGAACAGCUCAACACAAUAGAAUCCCACAUUAAAAGUUUUAAAUCUCAGAAGUACCCUCGACAGGAUGACUCCCCCUUAGUCUCUGUUAUGGAGGCAGUACUUUCCUUCUCAAUCUAGUCCUUUCAAAUUGAAGCAAUACCUGUUAUGUUCUACCCAAAGAAUGUGCUGCAAUUCAUCCAGAUUACAUGGUUUUGUGGAUAGCUGCUAUUGUUUCCUUAUGAUGGUUUGGAAGGAAGAAAAUAAUCCUGCAUUUGUUGAUUGGACUACAAACUGUAUAUAAAGCAUUUUACUGAGCAGGAUAUGUUCACAUUCUCAGAUCUGUAUGAUUCAUGUCCUACUGGGAACUUGUCUUAAUCUUAUAUAGUAAUGACUAUUAGUUUUUUUGGCUCCCUUGUAAAA